AGUCAACAGUGUCCACUGACUCCACUCCAAAAUAGAAACAAAAAGAGAACAGGAGUGUGGUUGUGAUUUCUGAAGCAGAAUGGCGAUGAGGCCUGAAAUCGUGUUGUUUGGGGACUCAAUAACAGAGCAGUCCUUCAGAUUAGGAGGAUGGGGUUCUGCUCUUGCUGACACCUACUCUCGCAAGGCUGAUGUCAAAGUUCGUGGCUAUGGUGGGUACAACACCAGAUGGGCGCUGUUCUUGUUGCAACAGAUCUUUCCUCUGGAUUCUGGAAAACCUCCUGCUGCUGCCACAAUUUUCUUUGGGGCCAAUGACGCAGCUAUUUUGGGGAGAACAAGCGACCGGCAACAUGUUCCUCUCAAAGAGUACAAGGAGAAUCUCAGAAAAAUUGUUCUUCAUUUGAAGGAAUGCAGUCCCACUAUUCUGAUUGUGCUCAUCACCCCACCACCUGUGGAUGAGGAAGGGCGUAACGAAUUUGCACGAUUGUUAUAUGGCGAGGAUGCUAGGAAACUGCCAGAAAGGACAAAUGAAGUGGCAGGAGAUUAUGCAAAGCAGUGCCUUGAGCUAGCUGAGGAAUUGGGUGUCCGCUUCAUCAAUCUUUGGUCCAAGUUGCAGGAAACAGAGGGUUGGCAGAAGAAAUUUCUAAGUGACGGAUUGCACCUAACACCAGAAGGCAAUGCUGCAGUCCACCAAGAAGUUGUAAGAGUUUUCAAAGAAGCAUGGUUUUCUGCUGACGAAAUGCCUUAUGAUUUUCCUCACCACUCGGUCAUUGAUGGGAAGAACCCUGAGAAAGCUUUCGAGCAAAGAUGCAUAUAACAGAUUUUUAUUUCAUUAAUCAAACUUUCCACAACAUAUCUGUGUAAUAUUACCCAAAGAAUACCGCCGCAUACAGAAGCAUCAUUAUACCUUCAUCUUUAUUAGCCGAGUAUGCACAAGUACAACAUAACUCCAGCUGAAACAUUUGCUGUAUCUCAGGAAUUAAUUCUUAUCAAUGACCAUACUAUGAAUUAUAGCAGCUUUAUUACAACAUUCUGUGUGUUUGUUGACCAAGUAUUUACACAUCC